CCGGCGGACGCCGGGAAGCACGUGGGACUCGUCGAACAUGGCGGCUGGAUUCAAAACAGUGGAACCCUUGGAGUAUUAUAGGAGAUUUUUGAAAGAGAACUGCCGUCCAGAUGGAAGGGAGCUUGGGGAAUUCAGGACCACUACUGUCAAUAUAGGUUCAAUUACUACUGCAGAUGGUUCUGCUUUAGUGAAGUUGGGAAAUACAACAGUAAUUUGUGGAGUUAAAGCGGAGUUUGCAGCACCCCCAGUAGAUUCACUCAAUAAAGGUUAUAUUGUUCCAAAUGUGGAUCUACCACCUCUGUGUUCAUCAAGAUUUCGUUCUGGACCUCCUGGGGAAGAGGCCCAAGUGGCUAGUCAGUUCAUUGCUGAUGUGAUUGAAAAUUCACAGAUAAUACAGAAGGAAGAUUUGUGCAUUUCUCAUGGAAAGCUUGCAUGGGUUCUAUAUUGUGAUCUCAUUUGCCUUGACUAUGAUGGGAACAUCUUGGAUGCCUGCACAUUUGCUUUGUUAGCAGCUUUAAGAAAUGUUGAAUUGCCAGCAGUUACAAUAAAUGAAGAAACUGGCUUAGCUGAAGUUAAUUUUAAAAAGAAAAGUCAUUUGAAUAUUAGAACACAUCCGAUUGCCACAUCAUUUGCUGUAUUUGAUGACACUUUACUCAUAGUUGACCCUACGGGAGAAGAGGAACAUCUGGCAACAGGAACCUUAACAGUCGUAAUAGAUGAGGAAGACAAACUGUGUUGUCUACACAAACCAGGUGGAAGUGGGCUAACUGGAGCUAAACUUCAGGACUGUAUGAGUAGGGCAGUUACAAGACACAAAGAAGCAAAGAAACUGAUGGAUGAAGUAAUUGACAGUGUGAAACCAAAAUAAACAGCCAGCACAUAUUUUUCAAAAUGGAUUUGUAAAAAUUGUAUUUGUUACAGCGCUCACAAAUCUUUUAUACUAAAUAAACAAAUAUCAAUACUA